AUGGAGCUCCCUAACUUGUCAGACGACUUGACGAGCGAUUUACAGAAAGUAAUAGUCGAUACGGAAGAGCGUACUAAAAGUCGUCUUCGAGCCAAGCGUUUAUACCACAAAAAACGGAAUUUAUUAGACAAUCUCAAGCGAAAUGUGGAUGCAUUAGAAGAAGAAUAUGAGCGCUUAUUAGCAAUUUUCCACCAACGAGAUGCACACCCGACGUCUGUGACUGCCACGACUUGUGACUCCAGUCGUGCUGUCCAUCACGCGUAUGUGCAACUGAUACAGAUGAAAAGCGCCUUGGCUAAAGAGAAUCAGGAGCUCAAACGUCUUUAUUUGCGUAAUGUGGAGAUGGAGAAACAAAUGAAGCAGUUGGUUGCAGCUCAGGAGAAGGCUCUGAUGAUGGCUGAGCAGCAGCAAGAAUAUAAACGGCAGAAUCCCGUGCUCAAAGUGAAUUUUCUUACACAAGAACAGUGCGUAGAGAUUGCAAGGAAGUCGUAUUUUGAGAUAAAGGCGUUUCGAGAGAGCGAUACUUGCUUUUCAACAGACACGAGCGUGCUAGGCUGGCGGGAUCGACAUGCUUUGCGUCAGAACAAACUCAUGUUCUCGCUAGAGAAAACUUUUCAAAGCCGGGCAACGGACUGGAUGGCUCGUAAUAUCUGGGAGAUCCUGUCAUUACCAGAGCCGAUCGUGAUCAUGCGUCCGCGUGAUGCAAAAGCUCACUUCCAUGUUGUGCAACGAUUGAAUGAGGACGCAGUUGUAUACUACUACACACUGGAGCGUGAGGAUACUGACGUUCGGAUUCGUGCUUUUAUCUUGGCCAUGCGUGUUGAUUUAGGGCCGGAAGGGUGUAUGGUCAUUUUCCGCAGCCUAGAUCCAAAGACCUACCUCCAGCUUGACGGCGAUUGCACAGCACCAGUGCGCCGUGGACGUCGGAAGAUAGAGCCUCACAAAGAGAAUAUUUGGCUUGACGUGUUUGUAUGGAGCUUCUAUGAGUACGCGGGUGAAAAUCGUACUGACUGUAAGCAAACUUUUGGUGGCGAAAUUGAAGGCACAGCGCUUGCGAGUACAGGGUGGUGGUCUAUUGAGAUACUUGAAAUAGCUUUGCGCAUGGAAGUUUGA